UUUGGAAAGAUAAACCCUAAUAAAGGAAAGGAGGGGCACAAUCUUGAACAUUCAUCAAAACCCUUUUUUGUAACGUCUUGUACAAUAAGAAAUCAUCAAACUCCCCCAUUCAUUCGCCGCAACAAUUAAGCAACCAACACUUCUCCAUCCACACUUCUCUCUCUAUUAGGGCUUUUUUUCUCAACCAUCAAUGGCCGGAGGAGGUACUUCUGCUGCCAAAUCCAGCUCCACAACCACCGGCGUUCGGAUCGUCGUCGCCGGUGACCGCGGCACCGGCAAGUCCAGCUUGAUCAUCACCGCCGCUGCCGAGUCUUUUCCGACCAAUGUUCCGCCGGUGUUGCCGCCUACUAGGCUGCCCGAGGAUAUGUUUCCGGAGCAUGUUCCUGUUACUGUCAUUGAUACCUCCUCUAGUUUGGAGAACAGAGGAAAGCUUGCUGAUGAACUGAAGAGAGCUGAUGCAGUUGUUCUUACGUAUGCGUGUGAUGAGCCUUCUACACUUGAUCGAUUGAGUACUUUCUGGCUUCCUGAACUCAGACGAUUGGAGGUAAAGGUUCCUGUUAUAGUGGCAGGCUGUAAGUUGGAUUUAAGGGAUGAACAACAAGCAGUUAGUUUGGAGUUGGUGAUGUCUCCUAUAAUGCAACAGUUUAGGGAAAUUGAAACCUGUAUUGAAUGUUCAGCAUACAAACAUAUUCAGAUCCCUGAGGUAUUUUACUAUGCCCAGAAAGCCGUACUUCAUCCAACAGCUCCACUAUUUGACCAGGAGGCACAAACUUUGAAACCUAGAUGUGUGAGGGCUUUAAAAAGGAUAUUUAUUCUCUGUGAUCAUGAUAGAGAUGGUGCCCUAAGCGACGCCGAGUUGAAUGAUUUCCAGGUCAAAUGUUUUAAUGCUCCGUUGCAACCCUCAGAAAUAGUGGGCGUGAAAAGAGUUGUGCAAGAAAAACUGCCUGAAGGAGUCAAUGAGAAUGGCCUAACAUUAACGGGCUUCCUUUUUCUUCACGCCUUAUUUAUUGAAAAAGGUCGUUUAGAGACAACAUGGACCGUUUUAAGAAAAUAUGGUUACAAUAAUGAUAUAAGGCUUGGUGAUGAUCAGUUGCUGGCUCCAAUUAAAAGAACUCCUGAUCAGAGUGUGGAGCUGACAAGCGAAGCUGUGGAAUUUCUCAGAGGAGUUUUUACCUUGUUUGACAGUGAUGGUGAUGGGGCUCUUAAUGCACAUGAGCUUGAGGACCUUUUUUCUACUGCACCAGAAAGUCCUUGGAAUGAAGCUCCAUAUGCAAGUGCCGCAGAAAAAAAUGCACUGGGAGGAUUAUCACUUGAUGGAUUUUUGUCAGAGUGGGCUUUUAUGACAGUUUUGGAUCCAGUACUCAGUGUUGAGAAUCUCAUAUACAUCGGGUAUGCUGGUGAUCCUUCAUCUGCAGUAAGAGUUACCCGAAAAAGACGUGUUGACCGUAAGAAGCAAAGCUCUGACCGUAACGUCUUCCAGUGUUUCGUGUUUGGGCCAAAAGAGGCAGGAAAAUCCUCAUUGUUGCAUUCUUUUGUUGGAAGGCAAUUUACUGAAGCUUAUACACCGACAACUGAGGAGCGAUAUGCAGUUAACACUGUCGAUCAGCCUGAUGGCACAAAGAAAACGUUGAUUUUGCGGGAGAUACCUGAAGAUGCUAUUGGAAAAUUGCUCGUUAAUAAGGAUGCGUUGGCAGCCUGUGACAUUGCUGUCUUUGUGCAUGACAGUUCAAACGCGUCUUCAUGGACAAGAGCAACAGAGUUACUUGUUCAAGUUGCCAGUCACGGGGAAUCUACUGGUUAUGAGGUUCCUUGCCUUAUUGUUGCAGCUAAAGAUGACCUCGAACCUUAUCCAACUGCAAUACAAGAUUCAACAAGGGUGAGCCAAGAUAUGGGAAUUGAGGCUCCUAUACCUAUAAGCACAAAAUUGGGAGACUUCAAUAAUGUAUUUAGGAGAAUUGUGAGAGCAGCCGAGCACCCUCACUUGAGCAUACCUGAAACCGAAGCUGGAAAAUCUCGAAAACAGUAUCAUAGGGUUCUUAACCGAUCCCUAAUGGUUGUUUCAGUGGGUGCUGCAGUUGCAAUCGUUGGGCUAGCUGCAUACCGCGUUUAUGCUACAAGGAAGAACGCGUCCUCUUAAAAUCGUCGGUUGUGCUAAAACCACAAACAAUGGAUCCCUGCUUUCUUUUUGUUAAAUUCCAUAUAUUUUGUUUUAACAGUCUCUGUAAAGAACAUGUUACUAGCUUUGUUCUUGACUCGUUGAGACGGGCUUAAUUUUUAUUUUUGCUAUUAGAGGUUUAUUUUGUUUUUGUAAUCAAAUUGAUACUCCCUCCAUCACAUAAAAGGUUGUAUCAACUUUGUUUUCAGAUAUUCCAUCUUGUUGUAAUAUAGUGCAGGUUUAUUACUGCACUGGUCCAAAAAA